AGCGCCUCACUCCGCCCACACCAUUAAACUGUAUUGCACUCGCUACACCAGCCGUACACACUACACGUCUGAGUCCGAAUUAUCGCGACUUAAAAUCACCAAUAGUCAUGUUUUGAAUGUAUUGUAAGCCUAAAACCUUUUAUCAGGACUUGUUUUAUUUACAUAAUCGUGCGUGGGACUUACAGAGGAGGAAGAGGAGUACAGAGCUAACGCUGCUAGCCGCUUUAUUCAUAUAUUAUUUUUGACAUCCGAGAGGCGGGGAAUCUAAAGUCAAAGCCGUGUAAAAAAUCGAGACUUUUGGAUGCAUUCAAUCAACGGCAGCGUUUCAUUUCAUAGUCGCCUUAACUCGGGAAUUUUGUUUUCCGGAGAAAACAGCAAGAAGCUAUCGAGGAAUUACAUGGAUUACCUGUGUUUCAGGACGUUGUGCUGUAAAGGACCUCCUCCGCCCAGACCAGAAUAUGACGUAGUUUGCAUCGGUCUGACGGGUUCUGGGAAGACCAGCCUGCUCUCCAGACUUUGCAGUGAGGCAACAGACAACAUCAUCCCUACCACAGGUUUUAGCAUUAAAGCUGUCCCGUUCCAGAAUGCCAUUUUAAAUGUCAAGGAACUCGGAGGAGCAGACUCAAUUAAGAAGUACUGGAGCCGGUACUACCAGGGCUCUCAGGGGGUGGUGUUUGUUUUGGACAGCGCUUCGUCGGAGGAGGAUCUGGAGGUGGCGCGUACAGAGCUCCACUCGGCCUUGCAGCAUCCGCAACUCUGCACGCUUCCCUUCCUCAUUCUGGCUAACCACCAGGACAAACCUGCUGCCCGCUCUGUACAAGAGAUAAAGAAAUACUUUGAGCUGGAGCCUCUGGCACGAGGAAAGAGCUGGAUUCUGGAGGGAAGCACAGUAGACAACAUGACCGCGGUAAAGGAGAGCUUUGCUCAACUCAUUCAUCUGCUCGAGGAGAAGGACCAGGAGACAGGCAGGAUAUGACCUGAGAAAAAUCCCACAUGCCCCUUCAGACACUACCACUCACCAACUCACCACAGGCCAGCACAUCCCGGUUUCACAUGGCCGUCACCAUUACUUUAACUCUGUUACUGUGGUGAAACCAAAUGAGCGAUGGAGAAAUCAAAAUCAUGUGACUUUCGUAAAAAGAUCCUCACGUAAGGAUUCAUAUCUGCAGAAAAAAAGAAGGUACCUCAGCCCUGAAGUUUGAUACCUUCUUUCAAACCACACUUAUUAACCCAGAACAAGCGUUCGACACACAGUUACCAGUCAAAUGGUAAUAUCUGUCCUUUUUCACACAGAUCUAGUUGCACAUCGCUACUAAAUAGAUGAUGUAAUCAUGCGCUUGGUCACGUAGGGUAACUGGAAGUCAUGUAGUGUAUAGUUUGUUUUCUUAGAGUGCGGUUGUGCUUGUGUGAAUGCGAGUUUGCGAGAGAGAGAUGUCAGUUUGUACUUUUAAAGCCUUAAAGUGAGUGCUAAUGUAUUUUUAAAACAAACGUCUCAAUGUGUUCUCACGACAUUAAACCGUCUUUAGAUGUAUUUCCAAUAGGCCGUCUUGAAUAUCUGUGGCUGUGAAGUGAAAAGUGGAGUCUUAAAAGUAAAAAAUUCGUCAUGUAAUAUCUCUGAACUGCAUGGAGCCGCACUCGAUUGGAAGCUUUGAACACUUGUUUUGUUGGAUUUUGGAUCAAUGAGGAAGGGAGAUGUUUUGAUAACUUGGUCUAGUAUUAUUUUAAAGCUCAUCUAGCUUUUUUAUUUCGGAUGAUAAUGGUUGACGAAGCCCUACUGAAAAUAUGACACCCGGUUUGACUUUGUCUUUUCACCAAAGACACUAAAAUCACAUUCAAUCCUUCUAAAUGAAUCGUGACAGAGCCUUCGAUUUUUUUGUAUGCAUGAUGUACUCGCCAUGUGCUUGUUUGGAUGAGUUUUUUGUAUUUCUGCUGGCCCUGAAUGUAAAACACUCUCUUUUUGCAUAUACGCACCCCUCCUCAAGUCUCAAAAUCCCAUUUAGGUGAGUUUGUAGACAUGUAAAUGGAGGAGGAAGCUAAAGCAAGAGUACAGUUAACCAAAUCCUUCAUGUGCCACAUCACUUCCAAAUGCAAAUAUCCUUUGAAAUCCACCUCGAAUGCAUAAUCAUCGUCAAACUUGGGCAACAUCUUGUGUUUUAUUUAUAUCUACUUCGAUUUUAUACCCUCCGAACCGAUUCAGCUGCCUUUUUGUAAUUUAGAUAUUUGUACAUUUGUUACAGAUUAGUCUCUGGGAAAGACAUGGAAAGAAAGAAAUAAAAGUCUAGAUGGACUUUUAGCAGUUUACCAUGGUGGCGUUGCGUCAUUCACAUGUUUGUCAGUGUUUAUGUGUGUUUAUGCAUAAUUUCCACUGAGCAACAUGGAAAAUAAAGGCUGGAGAAGGAGAAA